CCUAGUUUUCCAAAAUUUGCUCCUCAUCCCAUAUACGUAAUCGAAACUGAUAAAUAAAUCGGAAUAAAGAAAAGCGGGUCGAGUCCGACAGAGAGUCGGUGGAUGAGAAAAAAGGAAAGCUCACUGCGAGGGGGAAAAGAAACACUCUCUUAUAUCUCUCUUCGUUCUCUGAUUUUCCGGCGAAUCUCCGGCGACAUUGUUACCGGAAUGUCAGAUUUCGGUGAUUCCUGCGCUUGCCUUCUCUAUCACCUUUUUUUGGAGCGCUCCGUCGCUUUUUGUGUCUGAAAACUCCAUUUCUUGUUUUGAAAAAGAGCGAGAACUUUGCUGCCUGUUUGUGUGUACACAUGGUUGGAGGUCAGCAUUGAAAGUUUAUUCUCUAUUACGAGUGACGAUUUCGGAGUCUCUGCAGUGCUUCGUUUUACGGUUCUGUCCUUCCGAAGUGUCCUCCGAUCUCGAUUUUCGAAGGUAUUGAGAUGAAUGGCACUUCUCGGAAUGGCAAAAAUUGCAAUUUCGAUAAAACAUAUCCAGGAUGCUUGGGAAGAAUGGUGAACCUCUUUGAGUUGAACAUUGGGGUGCCCGCAAACAAGCUUCUCACUGAUAAACCUCGUAGUGACGGUUCCCCUGUCUCAAGGAGCAGAUCAGAUGUAUCAAGUUUGAGUAGUCCUUCAGUUGAUCAAAUAGAAGACAAAGUGAUUGUAUCUGAGUUUAGAAACACCUCUUCAAACAGAAAAUCAAAUGUAACGCCUAUGAAGAUGCUCAUUGCACAAGAGAUGUCCAAAGAAGUGGACUCCAGACGAAGUCCACCUAAUUUAGUUGCGAAAUUAAUGGGUCUUGAUGCCUUUCCACAACAGGAACCUGACUCAGGGAUGCAAAGAAGUAAUUUUAAAGGUCAUCAUGGAUUUCACUCAGAGAUACCUACAAGCAACUGGGAGCAAAAGAAUGGAUUCUUUCACUAUGUAGAGCCAAAUGAAUACAAAGAUGUCUACGAAAUAUGGCAGCGGUCACAGAAAUUUACACAUAAAGGAAGAUAUGAUGAAACUGCACAUGACGAAAAAAUGGCUCUUGUUCGUCAGAAGUUUUUUGAAGCAAAACGCCUGUCUAUGGAUGAAAAACUUCGCCAGUCUAAACAAUUCCAGGAUGCAUUAGAAGUUUUGAAUUCCAACAAAGACUUAUUUCUGAAGUGUCUGCAAGAACCAACUUCAGUAUUUUCUCAGCAACUUCACAAUCUGCAGUCUAUUCCUCCUCCUCCUGAGGCAAAGCGUAUAACUGUCCUUAAACCUUCAAAGACGACAGGUGGUAACAACUUUGCUGGAGCUGGGAAUAAAGAAGGAAAACAAAUGAAGAAGGGCUCCUUUGUUCAGCCGGAUGGUUCAGAGAAAAGCCAUCUGGGAAGUUCCCCUCCAGCAAGUUGGAAGAAUUAUGAAAAUCCCACCCAACCAACUCGAAUCGUAGUUCUAAAACCAAGCCUGGGGAAAAUACAUGAUGACAAGGCUGUGGGUUCCCCACAGUACCAAUCAGCACGUAUACAUGGUCAAGACUUUUUUGGGGAUGUAGAAGACAAUGAGAAUCAGGAAUCAAGAGAAGUUGCAAAAGCAAUCACACAACAAAUGCGGGAAAAACUUGGUCGGCACCAUAGAGAUGAAACCUUGAUUUCAUCAUUGUUUUCUAAUGGCUAUGUUGCUGAUGAAAGUUCAUUCAAUAAAUCAGAAGUUGACUAUCCAGCUGGUAAUCUCAGCGAUUCAGAAGGAAUGUCGCCUGUAUCUAGGCACUCUUGGGAUUAUGUUAAUAGGCAUGGUAGUCCAUACUCAUCCUCCUCAUUUAGUAGAGCAUCUUAUUCUCCGGAAUCGUCAGUUUGCAGAGAGGCAAAGAAACGUCUCUCCGAAAGAUGGGCCAUGAUGGCAUCUAACGGGAGUUGUCAAGAACAAAGACAUGUUCGGAGAAGCUCCAGCACAUUGGGUGAAAUGCUUGCUCUUUCUGAGGCAAAGAAGACAGCAAUGCCUGGGGAAAAUUGCAGUUCUAAUGAAGAAGCUAAGGAUUCUAAUUGUUUCUUGUUUAGUGAACAGAGGACGGACGAGAAUGUGGAUACUUCACCAAGGAAUCUCAUGAGGUCAAAAUCUGUUCCUGUAUCUUCUUCUCCGUUCGGAAGUAGUCUCAACGCAGAUAUUAAAGUUUCAGAUAAGGGCAAAUUAGAAGUUCGUAAGGAGGACAUGAAGACUAGAAGUGUUAAAUCAUCAUUCAAAGGGAAAGUUUCAAGCUUGUUUUUCUCAAGGAACAAGAAAAUAAGUAAAGAUAGAUCUUUCCCAUCUGAAACCAAAGAUGAAUUUCACUCCUAUCCUGGAGAAAUUACCAGUGACAGAACUGAGAGUCUUAUUGACAAAGGGUCCGACCAUUUGUCAUCUGGUCUGCUGGAGCCAUCAAGUAAAGAAACUUCCUCAAAUAUAAUUUUCAGCCAAGCCAUGGUAUCUGCUGAGAUCGGAUUGUCUGCGGCAAGACCUACUGCAUCUGGAAACUCUGGUGAAAAUCAGGACCAACCAAGUCCUAUAUCUGUCUUAGAUCCACCCUUUGAAGAGAAUGAACAUACAGCAAACAUGUUCCCUCAUUAUCUCAAGCCUGAUCGACAUGGAUUGCCACUUAAUCCCAUCUGUUCCAACUUGAUUGACAAAUCACCACCAAUAGGCUCCAUUGCCCGCACCCUAUCAUGGGAUGAUUCAUGCAUGGACACAGCCUCAUCAUAUCCCAUAAAGGAGUCCUUAACCACCCAAGGAACAGGUGAAGAACAAGAAUGGUUUUUCUUUGUUAAAACAUUAGUAUCUGUAGCUGGUCUCCAAGGUGAGGUGCGAUCCAACUCAUUUUUGGCCAGAUGGCACUCACUUGAAAGCCCAUUGGACCCAUCACUAAGGGACAAGUACAUCGAUCUAAAUGAGAAGGAGACACAGCAUGAAGCAAAGCGAAGGCAAAAGAGAUCACUGCAAAAGCUUGUGUUUGAUUGUGUAAAUGCAGCAUUAGUGGACAUCGUAGGAUACGAGUCAGACUCAGGCCGACGAGCCAUUCCAUGCGUUGAAACCAACAGCAGUGUAUUGGAAAAUGCAUCAACAUCAUCAUCGACAGUGUUGGAUGAGGUGUGGGCCCGGCUGAAUGAGUGGUUUUCUGGUGAGGUGGGAUGUGUUUGGGGUGAAUGUGGGGACGAAAACAGCCUGGUGGUGGAGAGGGUGGUGAGGAAGGAGGUGGUGGGGAAGGGGUGGACUGAGAAUUUGAGGUUGGAGAUGGAUAAUUUAGGAAAGGAAAUUGAAGGGAAGUUGCUGGAAGAGCUUGUGGAGGAGGCGGUGGUUGAAUUGACAGGUAGAGAGUGACGAGGCUUUUAAUAUUCUUUUAGCAACAUGUAUGCAUACUGAGCAAAACUUCUAUUAUUUUCGCGUUAUGUUUCACACGGCAAUGGUCCCAGCCAAUCUCGAUCUGUUCAGCG